GUGGAACACUCACGACUGAAGAGGCUCUCUAGACGCCUAAGCCAGGCCCUAACCCUGCUCAACCUGCUCGAUGGAGGCAUCCCCCUGGAUCCGAGCCUCUUGCCUCUUAGACGCCCUCAUCCGGUAGGACUCACGUUAUCGCGGAGUCUGCCUAGCCUUUCAAUCGAGGAAGCGCGCUGUGCUGGUCGACUUCGAGACCAAUUAACUCAACUCGCGGCCAUUGUGCAUGCCACCUGGCUGCGCCAACUCGAGCUCCGUGAGAUCCUAAAAGCCCGUGUGGCCCAGCAGCUCGUGAUUUCGGGGUCGAGGGUAAUGGUAGGUACUUUUAAUCAUGACCUGAACACUCCGCCCCCCACGUGA